GCAUUCUGUAUCUGCAUCUAUAAGUAGAUGUGUAUUCUACUCGUAAUAUGUAAAUUUGUAGAGUCGCGUACUUCAGCUUUGAUUUACAAUUAUUACAGCCACUUCGUAUUCUUUUUCAACGAUAGACGUUGCAGGUGCCUGGUUACAGUAAAUUUGUUUACCAGUGAUUAGGGAUGGUAAUGUAUUUGUCGGCGUACUUAAAAAAUGUUUUUACACAAUAUAGGACAUUUGCAGAUAUUUUAUCACGAUAAGUAGUUGCCACUUUUUAGAAUACUGACAUGAACUCAUAAAACAAUAAAGACUUAGAGACGACCGCAUAUUAUCUAUAAAAAUUAUUACCGCGAUUUUUAUUGCAAAUAAAUGACAGGUUUUGUUACACUUCAUACUUAUCACUAUUUAUACUUUAUUAAUUACUUAGGAGAUACCAGUAAACUGGGUCAAUUACGGUUAUUGAGUACCUGAUGAAACAUUUGUGGAAAGUCAGUACUCUCUGGAACUUAACUAUUGAUCUUAGCAUCCCGGAGUAUCCAGAAGUCGCCAAACAAAAAAUUUCAUAAACCUGAUCUACCUUACUGGUAUAUCGUAAUUUUUCACAUGACAAAACGCAUUAGUAUUGGUCGAGUGUAUCCAAAAUGACAUCUACUUUGAAUUUUGAUGAAAUCAGAAUAUUCGAAGACUGUAAGGACGAUUUGGAUAUUAUCAGAGAAAUCAUUGAUACUGAAAAAACGAAAAAUGGCUUUCAUAUUUUGGAUGUUGGAGAUGUGAUGACUAAGCAUAAGAAUUGGAUUUCUAAGAUACCAAAAGUGGUACCACAUUUCGCUAUGAAGUGUAAUCCUAAUCUUACUGUGAUUAAAGUAUUAGCUGCACUGAAUGCGGGAUUUGAUUUGAUACGAUUGCAGUACGAAAUAGAAAAAGUUAUAGAAUUUGGUGUGACCGGAGAUAGGAUUAUUUUUGCAAAUCCUACAAAGUUGCCAGCCCAUAUCGAAUUUGCCAGGAGAGUCAACGUCAGCAAAAUGACAAUUGAUAACGAAGAGGAACUUUUGAAGAUCAAGGAAUUAUUUCCAGACGCAAAAAUAAUCAUUCGUUUUCAAUGCGUUUUGCCGAGCUACGAAUGUCACCUGAGUGCAAAAUUUGGCUGUGAUCCUGAUCAAGAAGCAAUUAACUUGAUCCAGGCGACAAAAAAUCUUGGAAUGAAUUUGUAUGGCUUCAGUUUUCACGUUGGCAGUCCGUGCGACGAGCCAGUGGCUUAUAAACGUGGAAUUGAAGUUUGCAAAAGACUUAUAGGUGUCGCCACAUCAAUGGGUUGUAAUAAUGUCAGGUUGAUCGAUAUCGGUGGUGGAAUUCCUGGCGAUAAAGGAUUUGAAUUAGAUGAGUACGCUGAAGUCGUAAACGAAGCUCUGAAGAAUCUGGAUCCUUCCAUCGAAGUCAUAAGCGAACCUGGAAGAUACUACGUUGCAUCGGCGUCUAGUGUAGUCAGUUAUUUGCACAGUAAAAAAAUUGUACCUGAUGGUGAUAAUAAAAAACUUAUCUAUUACGUAAGCGAUGGCGUAUACGGUUCCUUCAUAGAGGAGCUGCUGAACAUACGAAGCAGACUUCCGAUUUCCUUGGAUAAAAGAGCAAGUAAAGAGAAAUUUGUCUCUACCAUCUGGGGACCAACUUGCGACGCUUACGAUUGCAUCGUCAAAGACGUUUUAUUACCAGAAUUUUUUGUUGGCGAUUGGCUAGUCUGGAAAAACAUGGGCGCUUACGCUAUAGCAUUGGCUACUUCUUUUAACGGCUUUUUCCCUCCGGCUGUUUACCCGAUCAUGAGGAAGAGCACGUGGGAAACUCUUCUUAAUGAUUUUGCUAGAGCUGGGAAUCUUGUAGAGCCUCGUCAAUAAAUAAAAUUAUAAGUAAAUUCUGGAAAACAUGCAAAAAAUGGAGAAUUGAAAUGUUGAAAUUUAACAUAGACAACUGCUUAACGUGUGUGACCAGAUUCAUACUAGAUUUUGACCAAAAGGGUACUGCGCGUUGGUAUUGAAAUAAUAGCUUCCUGAUCUGAAAAAAAAAUGUACAAAAGGAACUUUAGGAUAAUUUCUAUAAAAAGAUUGUUUUCUGUUAUACUCACGCGUUAUGCGGAGUGACGUAUCCAAAGUAUAUUUUAUCGUUAUCCUUGCAUGCUCCAGAAAUAAAAUUGGUGUAAGAUGUACACUUUACUGCCAUAAAAGCGUAUGGGUUUGUAACGGAUUCUGCGUAAAAACGCCAGGAUCUCCAGUGGCUACAAAAAUCUGUUAAAAUUUUAUAUUCAAGGUAAAUUUAUAAUAGUAUAAAUUAAACAAU